AGAAGGAUAACAAGCCAAUUGUAACCCUUUCCGCCACACUCGGUUGCUGUUAAAAACAGGGGGGAGAAAAUUAAUUGAAAAAGAUAUGGCAGCUUCCGCCAUGGCAACCGGAACCCCCAAGCUCCGCUUCUCUGCCUCAAAUCAUGGCCGACUUAAUCCCGCUUCAAAGCUAAAGGGCUCCGUAAAGUUCCUCAUCGACGCCAACAACUGCCCCUCCUCAGCUACUUCCUUUCAACGCUCAUUCCCCAUUCGCGCCUUCGACUCCCAAACUGAUGAAGAAACUCCAGCAUUCGAUGAACCCAAUGCUGCCUUCAUCCCUCAGGAAGAUUUGAGUUAUGUAUUGAAAUUAGGAGGUGGUUCAAUGGUGGGUGCGGCCAUAAUUAAGUAUGGAAGCAUUCUUUUCCCUGAGAUUACCAGACCAAAUAUCGUACAGGCUUUGAUAAUGAUUUCAGCACCCGUUGUUAUUGCUGUUUUGUUGUUGAUCAAGCAAAGUCGUGUUAAGCAAUGAAGGCUAGGCUAUAGAGGUGUAUGUAUAUAGAUUGUCCUUUAAUUUGCGUGUAUUCUAUUUAACAUUUAUUGAAUUUCUCUUGUUGAGCUUGUACACACAUAGAUACCUGUAAGAACCCAAAAAUGCCAAUGCAAGCAUUUUGAAUUUCACAUAAAUUGCAUAAUAAGUGUUUAUACUA